AUUUCAGGACACCCCAACAAUUAUUUUGUCAAUGUUAAACUGAUAACUUCUUUAGUUCCAAAAUGAAGGAAGAAGUAAUUGUCGUAUCCGAUGACGAGUUACCAGUAAGACGCAAGGGACCCAGAAUCACACAAGUGAGGGGCAUGGUCCUGAACGAGAAAGCAAAAGCUAAAUGGGACCUAACAAAAUUCACCGGACACAUGGAUUAUAAGACCGGACGCAUCCUAUACAUAGUCACUGAAAGUUGCCGCCAAGAUGCCCUCACGUAUGUGUUCGCCAACAGAAAUAGAAUCGAAGAUGCGACAGAACAUCUAUUUUAUACUGCCAACGUCAUGGAAGCGAUCGUCAAGGAAGUGCACAAAGGGUUUAAGUACCUGCUUAGUAUUGGUGCUACUACGUGA